CAAUUCCUGCCACUAAUGAUGUCAGUGUACUCUGUGCAGCUUCUUUCAGUGGCAACAUUUUUUGGAGCAAUAUUUUGCUUUGCUGCCUUUUGUUUUAAGAGCUUGUAUGCCUUCAUCGCUCUAUUUGCAAUAGGAGAAUUGUUAGUAUUUGCAACACAGGCCCCUGUAAAUUAUGUCUGUCUGCAUUGCGUCAAACCAAGUAUGAGACCAUUGUCUAUGGCUAUGUCCACUGUUUCGAUUCACAUAUUUGGUGAUGUGCCUUCCUCUCCUCUUGUGGGGGUUCUCCAGGAUCACAUUAGUAAUUGGAGAGUUACUGCUCUAAUCCUCACAUCGGUUCUGUUUCUGGCGUCUGGAAUAUGGUUUAUAGGGAUCUUUCUUCAUAGUGUUGAUAGAUUUAAUGAAGAAAAUGACCUUCAAGUUAGUGUUACUGACAGAUCAAACACAAUUCCACUACUUGGGGAGACAACUCAGUCUUUGAUAAAUCUUUGAUUUUCUCUUUUAUCAUUUUCUUUUGGGACUUGCAAAAUUGCUAUGUAAUUUCUUUGAUACUUAUCUAUCUUGUGUUUAGAUUCUGUUUAUGCAUCAAGGGAAGCUUGUUGUCUC